AUGGCACACCAAACAGAUUCCGAAUCCGCACACUCCACCCCCUCCUCCCCAUCAACAACAAUCACCUCAACCCAAACAGACCCAAACCCCGACAACUCCCUCGACGACAUCUUCGGCUCCUCGCCAACAGAACGAGACCUCAACCUCUCACACACAUCCCAAAACGCCGACGCAUCCGAACCCUCCGACCUCCCUUCCCUACGCCGCCAACACGUCACAGCAGGCUACCGCGACGGCACCGCCGCCUCCAAAGGCGCACACGUGCAGAACGGCUUCGACGCAGGGUUCCCGGUCGGUGCGCAGAUGGGCAUGCGAGCCGGGACGGUGCUUGGUAUUAUGGAGGGCCUGCUACGCGGAUUCGAAGAGCGCAGUGGGCCGGGCGUCGUCAAGAAGCCCGGUGUGCGGGGCACGGCUGAGUCUACGGAUAAGGACGGGGUGGAUGGAUUGCAGCGGGAGAAGAGGGAGCAGAUUCGGACGCUCUACGAGGCUGCGCUGAAGGAAUUGGAUGUAAGGGCUGUUUUUGCGGAGGUUGAGUCUAAGCCUGCGGAUGGGGAGGAGGAGGAGAAGGCGGAGAGGCUGCUUGCGCAAAGGGGAGAGGGGGUUUUGGCGAAAUGGGAGGGGAGGGUUGAUGUUCCGAGGUGGGAGGAGAAUAUGGAGGCGUUGGAGAUGGAGAGGGAGAAGACGGAGGAUGCUGUGCAGAGGGGUUGA